AUGGGUAACGUUUUGUCAGCUCAAAUACCGAGUCAAUUACUUCCCGUAGAAGCAUAUCUUUCCGAUAUUAAUGAUGUGGAAUAUGUUGAAAGCUUAGGAAGUACUCGUUUUAUGAAAGUAGCUCGAGUUAAUCAUGCAGAUGGCCCAUCAGUGCUUAAAGUGUUCUUAUUCCAAGAUCAGUCUUUCUCAAUUGAUCCUUAUCGUGACCAGGUUAUACAAAUUCGUGAUCUACUCUGCAAUGCUUACAACUGUUGCCCUUUCAGACGUGUAUAUAUUACGUCGCGUUGUGUAGUUUUGUCGCGACCAUUCCAGAAAUAUACUCUUUAUGAUCGUCUAAGUACACGUCCUUUUCUUAUGGACAUCGAAAAAAAAUGGAUUGCUUUCCAGCUUUUUAAGGCAUUAGCACAGUGUGAAUGUGCUGAAGUUUGCCACGGCGAUCUUAAAACACAAAAUAUUCUCGUGUCAAGUUAUGGCUGGAUACAAAUAACAGAUUUUGCAUCAUUCAAGCCAGCAAAUAUUCCUUCGGUUCGUAAUUUAAGUUGUGAGUCUUUUUAGUA